CAAGUGUAUAUUUGUUCUUAGCCUCAAUGAUAUAUUUGUACCUUUUCGACUUAUAUUUACAUAGCAUGUUAUUUAUGACAUUCAAACUUUGUGAAGUCUUAAAUUCCGCACUUUUUAAAUUUCGACAUUUCUGAACUUCUAAUCCGUAGCUCCGAGUUUACGGCCUCUAACUCUUGAUUUGAUCAACUAGUGCAGUGGUUUUCAUCUCAUAUUACCGGAAAAGCUUGAAAAUGCAAAUCGAAUCAGUAUCGGAAUUUUUGAGCGGUGUGCCAUUGCUGCAGAGAUUGCCGAAGUCUUCGGUCACGAGAAUCGCGCAGGUCGUUGAGGUUAAGAAUUAUGAAAGAGGUGAUUAUGUACUACGUGAAGGGGAAGCGGGGGAUGGAAUUUACUUCAUAUGGAGUGGAGAGGCUGAAGUAUGUGGUCCUGACCAUGAUGAUAAAGACAACCACACCGAAUUUCAGUUAAAAAAAUAUGAUUAUUUUGGUCACGGUCUCACAUCAUCCGCUCAGCAUGCUGAUGUAAUUGCACUCACUAAACUAACCUGCUUAGUGCUGCGUCAUGAACAUAGUAAUCUACUACAACCCAAAUCAAUAUGGAACGCAGACAUAGCAGUGGACAAAUGCUCCCUAGUGGAGCACAUAUUGCAUUUGGAACCAAUAGAACUUAAUAUCUUCCGAGGUAUCACAUUGCCCGAUGCUCCACAAUUUGGAAAAGUAUUUGGAGGUCAAUUUGUGGGCCAGGCAUUAGCAGCAGCUACAAAAACUGUUGAUUGGAUCAAGGUUGUUCAUAGCCUGCAUGCCCACUUCCUUCUUGCUGGGAAUAUUGAUAUACCAAUAAUAUAUCAAGUACACCGUGUACGUGAUGGGAAGAGCUUUGCAACCAGGAGGGUAGAUGCAAUACAGAAAGGCAAUGUUGUAUUUACUUUAGUUGCUUCAUUUCAGAAAGAAGAAGACGGAUUUGACCACCAGGAUGCAUUAAUGCCUAAUGUGCCGGAUCCAGAAAUGCUUAUGUCAAUGGAAGAGAUGCGUGAAAGGCGCCUAACCGAUCCUCGUCUUCCCAGGACUUAUAGGAACAAGGUAGCUACUGCAGAAUUUGUUCCAUGGCCAAUAGAGAUAAGGUUCUGUGAUCCUAAUAACGCAACCGGCCGGACUAAGAGCCCUCCAAGUUUGAGGUUUUGGUUUAGAGCAAAGGGAAAUCUUUCUGAUGAUCAAGCUUUGCACAGAUGUGUUGUCGCAUUUGCAUCGGAUCUAAUCUUUGCUAAUGUGAGUUAUAAUCCUCAUCGCAAUAGAGGGCUGAAGGCUGCUGCUGCCAGUCUGGAUCAUACGAUGUGGUUUCACAGACCUCUUCGUGCUGAUGAUUGGAUAUUGUUCGUGAUUAGGAGUCCAUCAGCAUAUAAUGCCCGUGGUUUUGUUACUGGGCAAAUGUUUGACAGGAAAGGAACGCUUGUGGCAUCACUUACUCAAGAAGCGUUACAGAGACCCAUCCGAUCCAAACCACCUGUUG